CGCCAGCUCGUCAGCUUUCUCACCUCCCAUGCCAUGAGCCACGGAAUGAUCCCUACUGUCCAUGAUUCCUAUUGUAGGGUGUCCUCACCUUGUGCCUUUUUCUGCCUUUUGAACUAUGAUUCAGCUAACGAGUGUUGCGGAUGGCGAUGAACAGAAACCGCCAACUAUUUAUGUAAUCAGGAGCCGUUAGCCACUAUUAGUCGCCAUGAAUCCCGCGCGCGCAACCCAUCACGGUUCCCCCAAUCCGUCUUGUCGGAAGCCAGCCGCCGCCAAUGGCGCGUUCGUGCCUGGCGGGUCUGCCGCUAAUCCAGCAUCCCCGUAUCGACAACCGGACACCCUCUCUCCUUCCGACGACCCUUUUCUCGACGACGACGCUCCAGUCGCGACGCCAAUUUCAUCUUCUAAUAAUAUUAACCGCUUUUCUACAGUAACGGCGGGAGAAGAGCUUUAUCCUGAUACCCCGUCAGGCCGUAACCAGGGCCGGCGUCAACGAGUAACGGCUCCCUGCAGAGACGGCAACCCGGGAAGUGCUGAUCAAAUCGCCGGCUCGAGGCGCGAUGGACACGUCAUCAGCGAGGAUUGCGGCGGAGCGCGCGGGAGGGGUCGAGGCCGUGGAGGUUUGCACGCCGAUCCUCGUCCUGUCGGGCCUGGAGGUAGGCACGGUGCCAGACCUACGCAGCAGGGUCGGGGAAAGGGGGAGGAGAGCGGGGGUCCAGAUCGACGCGUAACGGACGGGAGCCAUGGUCUCAGCCAUGGGUCCAAUGCUGGUGGUGCUGGUGGUGCUGGUGCUGGUGCUGGUGCGUGUCACUCCAGGCCGCAUACCCAUGUGCCGCAUUCUAAGGCGCACCCUAAUACCCAUAGUACUACUGGUUCUCAUUCUAAGGACGGAGGGCCGAAGGCGGGGCCCUCGGCGGGUCCUAAGAAGCCACUGACCGUGCGAACCAGCGCGGGGGUUGUGGAUGUGACAGGGCUCACGACGUUUGAUCUCCCCUCGCCAACUCCCCUCGCUGCUCCGCUCGGUGCCGCGGCUUCCGCGGGUACCGCGUCCGCGCUGGAUGGGGGGGAGGAAUUGGCGGAAGUUCCUCCGCACGACCCCGGCUCGCCUACUCCCCUAGCAGCGCCUCUUGCGGGUUCCGCCACAGGUGCUUCCGCGCAGGCGGCCGACCGUGGAUCCCCGACUCCGCUUGCUGCGCCUGUUGCGCGCACGCCCGCUGUCGCUUCCGCUGCUUCCGCCGCUCGUCCCGCUCCCAUUUCCACAGCAGCGGUAACCGAACCUUCCCCGCAUGACCCCGCCUCGCCUACUCCCCUCGCCGCCCCGCUGGCCUCCCGCGGGUGCGCGUCCUCCCGCCCUCCGCCAGUCUCCGCUGCGCCUUCCUCCGCGGAGAAGCCACCACGUGACCUGGGAUCUCCGACGCCCCUGGCGGAGCCCCUGGCGUCCCGCGCUGGUUCCGUCCGCCCGCUGCAAAUCGCGCCAACGGGCGGAGCUGCAGUGGCGGAAGCCGCCCCCCAUGACCCGGGCUCCCCUACUCCGCUCGCUUCUCCGUUUGCGGGCGGCGCAGGUGGAGUAGAGCCCCCCCCGCACGACCCAGGCUCCCCCACUCCGCUGGCUGCUCCACUGGGGAAAACCGCGGGUAGUGGAGGGGGGGGGGGAAGUGGCGGGUCCCCGCCGAAGGCAGCGCACAGCGUGGGCGGGAAAGACGCGGAGGAGGGGGAGAGUAGUGAUUCGGACGAGGAGUUCUUGUCGCAGUACAAGCAGCUCACCAAGUCCAAGUCUAGGGGACGGAACGAGGGGGCGUUACUAGUAGGAGGAAGCGGGAGUAGUGGCACUGGAAGCGGGGCAAGCGGGGCAAGCGGGGGAAGCGGCGGGGCAGGAACAGGCGCAGGGGGAAGUGGAGUGGGCGGAAGCGGGGGGGAAGGGAAGCCUGGAGCAGGGGGCGCAGGGGGGAGGGGCAGGGGCGGCCCCCCGCCUGUCCCUUCCGCGCAUGGGAGCAAAUCUGGGGGCGUUGGGGGGGCGGCAUUGGGCGCAGGGGGGCCAGGGGGGCACUCGGCGAAGGGAGGGUUAGCAGCUGCAGCAGCAGCGGCUGUAGCGGCUGUAGCAAGCAAGGCUGUGGGCCACAGCAGCCACAGCGGGCAUGGCAGCCCAGCAGCAGCAGUGGGGAAAGCAGCGAUGCUGAUAGAGGAAGCCGCGAAGCCGCCGCUGCUGAGAAGCCGGUCAGGGGACACGGUGCGAGCCCACCCCCCUGGCUCGGGUCCCAACACCUGUGCGUCGUCCCUCUCGCCCCUCCAUUCCAGCAGCACUGGCGGUGGUGGCUCCCAGGCUGGACUAGGUCAAGGAGUGGGAGCAGGUGGAGGCGUGGGGGGUGGUGGUGGCUUGGGUGGUGGAUUAGGGGGUGGGAUGGGUGGCAUGGGUGGUAUGGGGGGCGUGGGCUCGCACUCUCUCACCAGCCGCCAGGCCGAGAUGCUUUACAGCGCCCUUAGACCGCCUGCCAGGUCGCACUCUGAGAAGGGCAUGCAUUUUCCGGGAGGGGGCAGGGACGUGGGUGGGGGCAGUCCGCCUCUGCCUGGUGCUGCGGGGAAACGGGGCUUGGAGGAGGGGAGGAGAGGGGGGAGUUGCAAGGAGGGGGGUGUGGCGGGGGGAGGGGAGGGCGUGGGGGUCGAUGCGGAUCUGUUCGGCCCAACGGGUCGGGAGGGAGCAGCAGUUGAUGAGGAUUUGUUUGGGGCAGGUAAUGAUGACUCGGAUGAUGAUGACGAUGAUGAUGAUGCUGCUGUUGCUGCUGCUGCUCCUGCUACUGCUGGGGCAGCAGUGGACGAGGACCUAUUUGCCCCCGCCGAUACUACCUCCAGUGCUCCGGCCGAACCCACCAACCGCCUGGGAAGAACGUUCAGUGGCUGCACCUCUGGUGCUGCUGCUGCUGGUGGUGGCUCUCCUGGCGCUGCUGGUGCUCCUGGUGGUGUGGCAGUCGCAGCGGUGGCACAUCUCAAAGGGCAGGAGCGGCAGCUGGCGAGAACCAGAAGUGUGGAGACUUACGGGAGACAAGCGGGAGGAGGAACUGCAGGGCGGGGAGGUGUGGGGCACAGCCGGUUUGAAGGAGGGGGGGCAGCGGGAGGGGUAGCAAAGGCCGCGGCAGCAGGCGUGAAGCCUGUUCCAUUGGCAGCGUCUGCAGUUCCAGUGGCAAUAGCAGCAGGUGUGUCAACAGUGACUGCACUAGUGGUGGAAGAUGGGGAUUCUGACGACGACGAUGAGGAGGAUGGAGGAGUAGGGGAUGGGGCUGGACCGGUGGAAGGGGAUCUGUUUGGAGAUACCAGUCCGCAGGAUGUCAAGGGUGCAUUGAGUGAUGGGAGAAAUCAGCUUGAAGGUUUAGGGGCAGGAAAGUUGGGACGGGGAAGGAACGAAAAUGCUGCACGGACGGAGGAUGAUGAUGAUGAGGAUGAUGAGGAUGAUGAUGAUGAGGAUGAUGAUGAUUUGCAGGAGAUCUUGCAGGCUAUGCAGCGGAGAGCUUCGUAAGGAGGAUCAUUGCAGCAGAACAAUUCUAUGGUCCUAAAGUUCCUAUGCUUUUAUGUUGGCUUGGCAUUCCUUCUUUCAAAUCAUAUCAGUCAAUCUUACC